GUCUGGAGAAAGUGGAGGCUGCGGCUGCGCACUCUUGACGACUCUUGUAUGUGGUUGUAAGAGUCGAGUCUCAGCGACUCCCGUUCAUCUCCCAGUCUCACAACGCAGUCUACGUUGUGAGGUGUUGCAGGAGACGCUUACUGACGCUCCCAGGGAGUAACAAUUAUCUCGGUACAGUCUUCAAAAUACUAUUGUUAAGAGCGUGCGAGGAAGGCAGCUCCGGGACAGGAAGUGAGUUGUGUGUCUGCCUACUAUGACGCAUCAGAGCCUCUAGACUUGGACUACUUUAUUCGGAUUAUUAACCCCAGAGGGUUAACAACCCCAGCAGGUAGAGAUGAACCUUGAUCCUGGCAUCGUGUGCUACCAGCACUGUGAAGGUCGUCUCUUCGGCUUCUCUCUGCCUCCCACCUGUCACCUCUGUGGUGCUGACCUCUCCGUUGAACCUCUCAUUACCCCGCCCUUCAGAGUGCCUUACCCCUUCGUGCGUGCCUCCCAGGCUCCUUGUACCAUCGUCAUCAAACCUUCCAGAGGAGACUUCCUCCACGACUACCGGAGCAGCAACGACUUGCACAUUGGUGUGACUGACAGUGAGGGCUGUGUGUUCGAGUAUGACAGUGAGGGCCUCCACUCAGACUACACCUCCUCCUGGAAACAGUCUCUCUCGGUUCCUAUUAUCACGGACUCGGCAAACCACCUUGACCCCGUCUGGCAGGAAUACUGGAACUUCAGUCUGCACACUCUUGCUCAAAACCCCUCGUGGUCCACGGAAAGGUACUCUGAGACCUCCUUCAACUGUUAUUCCUUUGUGCUGGAGUUCCUCAAGACUCUUGGGCCACCGGGUGUAAAUGUGAAGACAUUGACCAAGACGUCUCUCUGCGCAGAGCUGCUGGUCCCUCACACUGCCGCCGCCGCUAGAUACAUCUCUCUCUACCGCAGACUCCUCAGCCACAAAGUGGUGUCCGUCACCAAGUCGUCCUGAGGCCCUUUGCUAAACAACGUGUACCAUAUUUUUUUCCUUGGUAUAUAUACAGAUAUACUACUUGAAAUGAGGAUAUACGUAUUUAGGUAUCCACUAGAAGGUAUCCUUCAAUAGUUGCCCGAUUUAUUUUUCUUUCUUAAAGGUUUUCAGUUACAGCUUGAAUACCUUAUCCAGUUUACUUCAGAUUUUCAAUACUGAUAUACAGGACCAAGGAAAAGGUUCAUGCAAAUAUUGUUAUGAACAGGCGCCCGCUGGUCAGUGUUAUGUAGACUGUUCCAAGAUUUGGUUUCCAUAUUAUAAUUGAGUCUUCAGUCUUCAGUGACUACUGU